GGUUAUGUUGGUAGAAUGAAAUGUCAUGACAGGGUUGCAUUGCAGAACAAGUUUCUGGAAUGCUCUAGGACUUUGUGUUCAAGGAAUUUUAACAAAAUAUUUAAUUAAAAUUGUCACACAGAACAGCAGAUUGAGCAUUUUCCCUGACAAGUGCGUAAUUAACAUCCUUUUAUCAUGGCGUCCCAGUCAACCGGUGUGGUUGUGCCCCGCAAUUUCCGCCUCCUCGAGGAAUUGGAGGCGGGACAAAAGGGCGUCGGAGACGGUACGAUCAGUUGGGGAUUAGAAAAUGACGACGACAUGACUCUAACACACUGGAUGGGCAUGAUAAUCGGCCCACCUCGUACGCCGUACGAAAAUAGGAUGUAUUCAGUUAAAAUUGAAUGCGGAGGUAAAUAUCCGGACGAUGCUCCCACCGCUAGAUUCAUUACUAGAAUUAAUAUGAAUUGUAUUAACGGAAAUUCUGGAGGGGUUGACUGUAGACAGGUGCCCGUUUUAGCCAGAUGGCAACGUGAUUAUACCAUCAAGACUGUGUUGCAAGAAUUGCGUAGACUUAUGACGCUCAAGGAGAACAUGAAACUAGCACAACCUCCAGAGGGCAGCUGUUUCUAGCCCUCAAGCCCCCAAGCAUCAUCCCCCUUACCCUCCGUUGCAACCUGCCCAUUAAGCCUUGAUACAUGUAGAACUCACUCGUGCUGCUUACUUUAGCAGUUCUAAUUUUAAAUUUGGAAGUAAAACGUGUAGUUACCGUAAGAGACUCGUACAGCCGGUUGCGACUGAAGGUUUUCGUAUGUGUACAGCUUAGACAGCCACAUUGCUAAAUUGUUUUAGAUCUUUUCUCAGUAGAGUGCUUUUUAUUUUUAUUACCGUCGGAAGCAUUAUUUAGAGCUGUAUGCCUAUGUAACUCUCUGAUCAUAAAACAAAUUUUUAAAUAUAGGAUGUGUUGCCUGUUGUUUACGCUGGUUUAAUUUAAUCUUAAAUCAAUGUUAUCCUUAACGUAAGUUUGUGAUUAUCAAAUAAAUUUGUAUUUAUGAAAGACA